AUGUCUUCCACAGAGCAUAAAAUACCAACCAACAUCACCACCACCGGGCACAAGCGAAAACGGACUUCCCAGGAACAACUACCCGAAGAAAUCGCCUGGACAGCCGCGCGAUGCAACCGCCUCUUGAGAACAAUCAGUUCGCGAUUAAGCACUCUCCGUCGCCUCCUCAGCACGGAAAGCCAAAUCGAAGCGAGUCGGCAGUCCGCCAGACCGAAGCUGCUCCCGAAAGCCGGGAACAAAACCUCAGACGCAGACCCGGUGUGGCUACCGAAGGGGAGGAAACGGACCGCCGCUGGACGAACGUAUGCGGGAAAGCGAAGGGCUGCUUCACAACAACACCCGAAGCCGCCGCGACGAGAUGAGGUGCGGAGUCUCGCGUUCCCGAGUCCCUUCGUCAAGCGCUUGGCCAUGAACACGGCAAGCGAGGACGAAAACAUCCCACCACCAGAUCACCACGAAGAGGAGUCUAUGUGGUGCAAGCUGCAGGCCCAGCAACCGCAUCAACGUCGGAAAUCCAGACAACUCCCCAUCAGACCCAAAUCCUCCAUCCAGGAAGCCGAGAAUGGCCUUCUGAGCGCCGUCGCAACCCUCCUGGAUCAAACGAAAUCCCCCAAAGCCCGGGAGCCGCGGAAGACUGGGACCCGCUCACUACUGAGCACGUGUCUCCGGAAAGUACCAGACUACAUUGACUUCGAAGCCGAAGAAGAAGCAGAGCAAGAAGAUGGAACGGAAAAUACCACCUCUGAAGUCUUCACCUACCUCGAACAGGCUCUCGGGAUGAAACGAGAACCCGGUUGGCAUGGACUUCGACAAGUCGUGCAGAGUCAAGGACUCUUCGUCAUCCGACAGGCUGUCGAGGAGAAUCUGCUAUCCUCGGCUACGAUCAAAGCACUCGUGAGCAAGUGUAUGCGAAACGGAAACCCAGACGAAGGGAGUGAGAUUCUGCAGACAUGGCUCGGGAGCUUGAAAACACCCACUGCAGCACAGCUUGCCGAGAGCAUGAUGAUGUGCUCUGACAAUGCGCGAAUCCGGCUCGCCGUCCGUCUCAUGGAGCUGGAACCGGCCAAUAUGACGAGAAUCUCUGCCUCUGUGUGGGAUAAUGUGCUAGGUCUCCUGACCAGAGGAACAGAUAGUGAGGCAUGCGCAUUCCUCAUCAGCUGCGCAAAGGCGUCGCGGGCUCUGGAAGACCAAGGCUCAUUGGCAUCAACCACGCUCUCGGCCAUGAAGUCAGCCAUGAUCAAAAUCACCGUCAUGGCCACAGCGACCCUCCUCCUGAACGGCUCGACAAGCGGAGUCGAAUUACUUGUCGAAACGAUACACCGCAUCGGAGCAAACGCAGCCUGCGACUUUCUCGACUCCACAUCGAACAAGCCACCUGAUCUCACCGCCUUCUUCGUCAUGUGUUCUCAGAUCCUACUUUGCCUGGACGCGAGCUCGAAUCCCACAUACGAUGUCUUGAGCACCGGAGCACUCACCACUUUGCUAGAUCCCAUCAAAAGGGGCAGAUUAGGCUGCUCGGUCCGCGUGAGAAACCAACAGGAUAGUUUCGCGUCCGCUUUCGCGGAAGGAGCCAUGGAGUUGGAGAAGCAUAUCACGCUUGGUCUGAUUGAGCGUCUCCUGGAUCGGAUUCUGGAGCUGGAUUCGAUGGAGCCGGUGUUGGAACAGGUCGCGGUGCAAGCCAUAUUGCAGGCCAGGCAAUCAAGUGAUGCACGGGAAGACCAGAUGUACACGGAGUAUCUACGUCGGUUGACCGCCACGGGGAGAGACGAAAAUGGCCGCACGCCUUUCGGGACAAGUAAGAAGCCUGCUGGGUUCCGAUGGGAAGAAGGUCUCUGUGAAUGGGUAACGACUACAGCCUUUCCUACCAAGAUUUUGCAAGAAUCCGAGGAGGUGGUUGUCGAGCCGAGUACACCUGAAGAACAAUACGAUAGUGCCUCACCUACAAAACCUCUCCCGAACUACGAGGAAGUCGUCAUGACCCCCGAGACGCCCGACGAGCCGUAUUGCAGUCCCCGGGUGAUUGGCAAGCAUGCUUCGCCGGAUGUCCUGGCGCUUUCUGCCAAGCCCAAGCGGAGGUCGAUGGGGAGCCUGAGCUGGAAGGUCAGCAAGCGAAGAGCAGACGUGGAUGACGCACAGCCUUGCUGGCUCGCUCAGCGGCGCAAGUCGAGCAGGAUCUCUGCGAAGGAGGACAGUGGCGACGAGUUGGGCUUUUGA